AUGCCUCCCAAGACCCUGCGAGAUCGAGCUCCCAGCAGCAGGACCAGUGGUAUUGGUACUAAAUCCACAGACGAUCGACUAGACGAGAUAUAUGAGAUCCUCAGGAAUCUUAUUACUGAGGAUGUGUUGGAUAAAAAGUUAGAGAAACUCCGUUUGGACAUUCAGCUAGAACACGCAGAACGUAUUGAAGCUCUGGAGGAGAGGGUAAACACCCUGGAAACUGAAAAUGACAACUUGAAAGUGACAAUUUCUGAGCUAGAGAACGAGUUAUUGACCAGUCAAGAUCGACAGAGUGAGAUGGCGGGAAAGUAUAACGACCUGGAACAACAAGGCCGGAAGAAUUCUGUUAGAAUCGUUGGACUUCCAGACCCGGGAGUGAGGGAAUCGGUAGAGGACUGUGUCCAAACGAUCGUGGGAUUUGUACGUGACACCUUGAAAGUACCACUUCAGGAGAGGGACAUUGACAUCGCACAUAGAUUGGGAAAGUACAAUGGUACAAAUCCUAGGAAUGUGAUAGUAAAGUUCACGCACCGGAGAAAGAAGCAUGAAAUUAUCCGCGCCCGCAAGAUCCUGAAAGGUUCCAAGUUUGUUAUCUAUGAAGACCUUACUUCCUUAAAUCAACAGAGACUGAAGGAAGCGUUCCGUAUGAACUGUGUCAAAAAUUCGUAUAGCACAGACGGGAAAAUAUAUGUGAUUUUGACUAAUGGCAAGAAGCGCAGACUUUUACACGAUACACCCUUGGAAGAAAGUUACUUGAUGAACGAUGCUAAUUUUGUAUCAAGGAGAUAGAAGUUGGACAGUGCACAGUGAUCGGUAAAUGACUUAAUGCCAGUGUGUCUGGCAACCGAUCACCUUUGUGUUGUAUACUAAUGUGCUUUUUUCUGUGGUGUACAUGUAUAUGUGUGUUGUGUGAUCAAUUCUUCUGUGUGAAAAGGAUAUAUAUCAUUACUGAAAUUCCAUUUGUAAAAGGUAAGAAUAACUACGUAGUAUUUUUUGUGACUUUAGAUUUUAAAGUAUGAUAAUGAGAUAUACACAUGUAACGUCAUUCAAAGUGAGCAUAUAGCUUGUUAUAAAUAAUAUAUUUGUAACUGUCGUAA